AUCAGAGCUGAGAAUGUGUCUAAUGCCUGCCCGUGGUUUCCUUCCUCCAAACUAACACUCGACUGAGUUCAAGGAAAUCGCUCCUGUUUUCACACACCGCCGGACCGCCUUUUUAAAAAAUGAUCAGUGCUGCACACAUGCUGGUGGCUGUAUCCUCAGUUUAAAGACGCAAUGAAGGACAUACUUGUGCUGCUGGUUCUGUUGAACGUCCGAACUACUACGGUCUGCUCUCAGGGCUAUCCGCCAGACUCAGCUGGAAAGUGUCAGGACCAAGCAGGAGAAUACCUGUCAGACAUUUCUAACCUGUGCUGCAAGAGGUGCCCCCCUGGACAGCGAUGGAAACACGAAUGUUCUGAAACUACUGACACUGUGUGUGAACCAUGUGCAACAGCCCAGUACAUGGAGGGCAGAAACUACUCUCCAAACUGCCGAAGCUGCAAAAGGUGCAAAGAAAGUAAAGGUCUGCAGUAUGCCAUUAACUGCACACCUACUGCAAAUGCAAAGUGUCAGUGCCAACCCGGGAAGUUCUGCACCAUAGGAUUUGAAGACCCAUACUGUGAAGAGUGUAGUUUUUACAGACGAUGCAAGGCUGGUUAUGGAGUGUCUGUGCCAGGGACGGCUGACUCAAAUGUGAGGUGUGAACGCUGCCCAAAUGGGACGUUUUCUGAUACAGACUCCUCCACCGACCCAUGUCUGCCUCAUACAAACUGUCAUGGGAGGGCUGCUGUUAGAAAAGGCAGUGCUACCUCAAACACUGUGUGUGAACCGUGGCUCACAGGGCCUCAAAGCUCACAGAAAGACGGUGUGUUGACAAGUGCAAGAACGACGAGCGCGACGAGCACGAUGGGCAACAUCGCAGCAACCUCAGACUCCAAGGCUCCACGUGGGCCAACUGACUCCACACCAUCUAUCAACCUGACGUUACCAGAGACAGUUUUCUAUCACUCAACAAAAAGCCCCCCACGAAGCACACAUUUACCCGCAGAGAGUGAGAGUAAACUGGCGGCAGUGAUUGCUACUGUCACUGGAUUGAUACUUCUUUUCAUCGUCAUAAUGCUGGUGUGCCUUUGGAAAACAGUCAGUAAGAAAGAUGCUGCAAGUUUUCAUCCUAAAGUAGACGCAAAUGGAAAUUGUGAGGCUGGUGAUGAACAGAUCAAAGAAGAUUAUUUUGGGGAAACCCAGCUGAUCUCAUUUACAGUACCUUCACCAGAACAACAGCUUCUGUUGGAGAAAGGGGAAGCCUUCAAUGAUCAGAGUCAGCGUACUAACAACACCGAAAGUUUAACCAGAACAUGCGGGUGCAGCAACGAAGAGUCCAUCGGGCCUCUGCAGUCCACAACAUGUCUCCACGAUCCACACUCUGCUCUGUCGGAGCCCUUGCCUUUACUUUCCAACACAGAACCGGACUCUUCACAGACCAGCAUCGCCACACAGGCCUCCCCACAGCCCACCGCGACCACAAGCCCCCAGGUCAACGUGAACAUCACCUUCAACAUAGGAAAUGGCUCUGCUGGGACACCGUCUGUCAUGCCCGCAGACUUGAUGCAGGCAGAUUGUAAACUCCCCUUUGGAGAAGAAGAGAGGUCAUUAAGCAUCCAACAGCAAGAGUCUGGAAAAACAACAGUCAUGUCAGUGCAAGAGAGUGUAAGUCAAAGUAUAUGAAGGGACAUUUGAAAACAAUCUGAAAGACUUCAAGCCGCACCUGCAGGUUAUGGCAUCAUUUAUCCAAGACAACAAGACUGAUAACGUUUAUUCUGUUUCCUAUUUCCAAUUCAUUCACUUCCAGUGUGUAUAAAAACGUGUACAGAAAUACAUAUACUGUAAAUAAAAAUGUGAAAUUGUC